GCCGCACCCCCACCCCCACCGCGAUGCCCGCCCCCCGGGGCCCCGGCGGCCCGCGCCCCUGCUAGGCUGCGGCGGCAUGGCCCGCGCGCCCGGCGCGAGCUCUGCGGAUUGCUUCGGUGUGCGGCGGCGGGGCAUGCCCAGGGCACCGGGCACGGCCUUCAAUGGGCGAGGACACGGACACGCGGAAAAUUAACCACAGCUUCCUGCGGGACCACAGCUAUGUGACUGAAGCUGAUAUCAUUUCCACCGUCGAGUUCAACCACACCGGAGAGCUGCUGGCCACGGGCGACAAGGGCGGCCGGGUCGUCAUCUUCCAGCGGGAGCCGGAGAGUAAAAAUGCACCUCACAGCCAGGGCGAGUAUGAUGUCUACAGCACUUUCCAGAGCCACGAGCCGGAGUUCGACUAUCUCAAGAGCCUGGAGAUAGAGGAGAAGAUCAACAAGAUUAAAUGGCUCCCGCAGCAGAACGCUGCCCACUCCCUGCUGUCCACCAACGAUAAAACUAUCAAAUUAUGGAAGAUUACAGAACGUGAUAAAAGGCCUGAAGGAUAUAACCUAAAGGAUGAAGAAGGGAAACUCAAGGAUCUUUCCACGGUGACGUCACUACAGGUGCCCGUGCUGAAGCCCAUGGACCUGAUGGUGGAGGUCUCCCCGCGCAGGGUCUUCGCCAACGGCCACACCUACCACAUCAACUCCAUCUCCGUCAACAGCGACUGCGAGACGUACAUGUCGGCCGACGACCUGCGCAUCAACCUGUGGCACCUGGCCGUCACCGACAGGAGCUUCAAUAUCGUGGACAUCAAGCCGGCCAACAUGGAGGACCUCACGGAGGUGAUCACGGCGUCCGAGUUCCACCCGCACCACUGCAACCUCUUCGUCUACAGCAGCAGCAAGGGCUCCCUGCGGCUGUGCGACAUGCGGGCCGCCGCCCUGUGCGACAAGCACUCCAAGCUGUUUGAGGAGCCCGAGGACCCCAGUAACCGCUCCUUCUUCUCGGAAAUCAUCUCCUCCGUGUCGGACGUCAAGUUCAGCCACAGUGGCCGGCACAUGCUCACCAGGGAUUACCUCACAGUCAAGGUCUGGGAUCUGAACAUGGAGGCGAGGCCCAUCGAGACCUACCAGGUGCACGAUUACCUUCGGAGCAAGCUCUGUUCCCUGUAUGAGAACGACUGCAUUUUCGACAAGUUUGAGUGCGCCUGGAACGGGAGCGACAGUGUCAUCAUGACGGGGGCCUACAACAACUUCUUUCGCAUGUUCGACCGCCACACCAAGCGGGACGUGACCCUGGAGGCCUCGCGGGAGAACAGCAAGCCGCGGGCCGUGCUGAAGCCGCGGCGCGUGUGCGUGGGGGGCAAGCGCCGGCGCGACGACAUCAGCGUGGACAGCCUGGACUUCACCAAGAAGAUCCUGCACACGGCCUGGCACCCGGCCGAGAACAUCAUCGCCAUCGCCGCCACCAACAACCUCUACAUCUUCCAGGACAAAGUGAGCUCCGAGGUGCACUAGGGGGCCCGGACCACCCGCUGGCCGCACACCGGGGACCCCCUGAACGGCAUCACGGGGGACAAGGAGGCACCAGCGGCCCCCCGGCCAGCAUCACCUGGGUGGUGACCAUCUGUUUUAAAACAGGAAAACGAAGGAUUACAGUCACAGAGCGUAAAAUGGAUGGGUUUUCCAGGUUUUCAGGUUCAGGGUUUUUCCAUCCAUGCGCCUGUCGUGGCCUGCAGUCUUGACCACCUUUCUUAGAGUUUUCGACACCUCCAGCUUCAUUUUCCACUCCAGUGGUUCCAGUCAGGGGACACAGGCGCUGACGGGGCCUGAUUUCCCUCGUGCACCUCGUGUCCCAGUCCAGGGCUCCGGGGACAGACAGUGAACCUCCAACCAGCCAGCUAGGGAUUCUUUCAAUCAUAAAUGGAGAAAUCGCCAUCGUCUCGGAGCCGACGAUUGCACCUUGUUUUUUCGGAUCGUGGCUUCGUGCUGACAACUUGCAGAUGCAAGCUCCUGUUGUAGGCUCUUUUGAUGUCUUUAAAUAACCCAGGUCCAUCACGGUUUCCUCUCAGUGUGGGUGCCUGGUCUUACCACCUGAUUUAACCACAUUUGCUGAGCGUCUGUCCCUUGCCAGACAUGGUGCUCCACUCGUCAGGCACGUGGUUUCCUCUCGUGGCCCACUCGGUGGCUCUUCGGCCCUUCCGUGGGCAGCUCGGGGGGCCCGACACUGGCUUCCUUGCAUCCUCAUUAUGGCCCCCAGAGGUGGGUGUCACCUGCCCCUCCCUAAGCCCCCAGGUGCGCUGAGGGCCAGGCUCGGGGCGGGUGCCAGGGAUAAAAGGUGAGUAAUUUGGCAUCCCCUUUACACACGAGGAAACGGAGGCUCCAGAAGGCACACACCAGCCAGGGGAGGGGGACCCCACCCGGGUCUUUGUGGAAGGGGCCUUCUGAUACGCCGUGCCAGUGGCUCAGGUUAAGGUGACGUUCCAGCCCGGAAGAGCCCGGAAGGUUCAUCAUCCCGUGUCCCCGUGAAGUGGGAGCGGGCAGGUGGGACGAGGGGUCCCGGGGAGAACGGAGACUCCGAGUGGAAGAUGGAGAAGGCCCCCCCGUGGCUCGAGCCCUGGUCCCUUCACCCCAUUCCACACACGCGCAGCUCCCUUGUCAGAUGAACUGAACUGGUCCAGAAGGAAGUCGCAUGUUUUGACCAUUUUAGAACAUAUUUUCUUUAACGACCACACGGUCUCAGAGGACAGUCCAUUCGGUUCCCGCCCCUUCCUACAGCGAGGGCCUCGGAGGACGCGGCCUUCCCACAGUGUCUCCAGAUCUGUCCAGACCGGACCCGCCAACCUGCCAGCUCACUCUCCAGGCUCGGGUCGCAGAACUACAGCCGAACCACGGGGCUUGACAUUUUGGUUCAGAAAGCAGAGGCCCAGCAGAAUCCACCAUUGUUUUGUUUUUUUUUUACAAGAUGUAACAUAACCCAGGAAAUAAACCCAACUGAGAUUUUCUCAAUGGAUAACUCUAAACUUCUUGUGUGCAAAAGCACAAAACGCAUGUGUACUCACUUCCAGCCAUAUAAUUACACAAGGAAAUGGGUCCAUUGAUUUUCUUUUUUUAAUCAACACGAAUGAAAAAUGUUUUGUUUAUUGAUCACUGUAAAACCCAGGUGACCUGGACAGUAUUAUAUGUACAUAUCUAUUCUAAUUAAAUUUAACAAUCAAAGGAUUGGAUUACUUUCUUUUCCCUUGUAAAGAGUUUCAAGAAUGUGGUGAAUUGUACAGAAAUCUCACUGAAGCCAAAAUCCAGCUUUGAGGGCCUUACACAAUUCCUUGGAUAUUUGGCACGGUCCAUUUCCCUGUGCGGUUCUAAUGCUAGCAGAGGAGAUUCGCAUCUGCAGCUAGAGGUUACUAUCAAAUCGUGUAUUUAGCAUUUCCCAUCUUCAAAGUACGGAUCUUAUACUGUAUUUUAAAAGGAGGUCUUAAAACAGUUCCUACUUCCUUAAUUCCAUUUUAAACUUCAGGAACCAAACCAAAAAGAAAAAGAGAGAAAAAGAUCUUAGAAGAAGAGUGUAUCUUUGGACCUCUAGAAAAUCAUGAGGUCCAAAGCAAAUUGUGAAUAAUAAUAUGUGUGUUGAGAAAAGAUGUUGGUGGGGUGGGGGUGGGGAUGGGGUCGGCAAAACUAGAAACAACAGGAGGACCAGUUUUAUAGUCACAAAUUUUGCAUCCUUACUGUGUUUAAACUUUCUGGUCUUGAACAUUUGGGCAUUCAGAGUCAUUGUGAAGUUGUUUUCUUUCUUUUUUUUUCGUCUUACUAUUCUCUGAGGAUUAAGCUCUCGGUGGUGUAAAAGUAGACAGAGCCUCUCAUUUUGGACUCUGUAACUCAUAGUUGCAUUCUUUUACUUGGUGUCUCACAAAUUAGGCAACUGUUGAAUAAAAUUAUAAAUAUGUUAAUACCAGCUUUUUCCAAUAAAAUAACAACUGUUACAUUUAAAA